UUCGUAUGCGUUCAUUGGAGCGUUGACAGGACUUAAGUACGUGUUAAUACACGCACGGGGUUUUAAUCAUCGCGCGAAAGCAGAAGCGCGCACGGUACAUAACGCUUCCUUCCGCUAUGAAAUACUCCAUCAGCAAUCCCUAGAAUAAUAGAGCUGACAGAAAUCACUGAACAAAGCUUUAAGAACACGGGAUGGAACGUAAAUCGAGAUUCAAAAACCAUCACGACUAAAUAUCCGCAUGACCACUCAAGUUAUUAUCGGUAUUGUGAGUGGGCUAUCUGCAGGCCUUGUCAUCGUAAUAGUUUAUCUAUUAUACUUGCACUUUCGACAACCCAAAUCGGGCCGAGACGAAAAGAAAUUUGAUGAUCAAAAGUUACGUUCACGCUCCAUCGUCCAAAAUGAAAUACCCAAUUUCUGCAUCCCGACCACAUUUCCCUUGGCGAUUCAAGAGCCUCAUAGACACAACAAAGAAUUUCUUGAAAGCCAGGACGAGUUUGAUUCUACCCCAGUAUUGAAUCAUACCGUGGUUCAGCCUCCUUCCAGCCCUCGGAGAUGUUCAGUUCAACUGGAACAGAUUCUUACUCGGUCCCCCGCGCACCAAACCGGAACCCCGCCACAAUGGCAAGGGAAAAAACGGUCUGGCUCAACCACCGCACUCGGCCAACUGGAGUUUUCGAUAUUUUACGAUGAGGGAUUUAAGGUGCUUCAAGUCUACGUGAUAAAGGGGAUGCAGAUUUUUCUGCCAGGUUCGGAACACCCACCUGACACGUUUGUACGAGUCUCCAUGACUUCUGGGACUAGGAAAUUAUGGGAGCAGUCUACAGGUGUGGCGCACCGCUCUUGCCAACCGAAAUACAACGAAAAGUUGGACUUUGCAGGUCUUGAUUCUAACAGGAUAAAAGAGUGCCUCUUGAGCUUCAUGGUGUUUGAGGCAAGCCAGAGGGUUCCGAUUAGCGAAUGUGUGUAUGGCCUCGUGGAUUUGCCAUUCAAUGUGUUCGUUACCGAAGUUCUAAAACUGUCAGAUACAGAAUAUAUUGAAAAACCAACGAAGACAUUUGGAAAGCUGUUAAUCGCCAUGUCACAUAAUCCGAUCGACAAGAAGCUGACUGUUCGUGUGGACAGCGCCAGGGGUCUCCCCGAGAUGUCUAGACGAACUACAAAUGCAUACAUCAAGGUCGACAUCUGGUUUACUGGCCAAAAACUCUUUUCUCGAGUCACUAAAGUGCAGUACAAAUCCAAGUCACCGAUUUUCAACGAAGUUUUUAUCUUUGACGUUAGCGACGAUAAGCUUCCACAGAUCACUAUCAGCUUUCGCGUGAAGCAUCAUGGGAAGCUGCGUGAAAAGCAUAUUGGGAGGGUUGACCUAGGGGCUAACGCCCUGACCGAGAUCGAGUAUAGGCACUGGGAACAAGUACUGGAUAAGCCUCACUUGGAGAUCGACCAAUGGCAUGACAUCAGGAGUUACAACGGCAGCGAAUAGGAAGAAGGCCGGCGCGCUGCCAGGAUUUGCAGGGGUAGGGUGGGGGCACACGCCUGUAUGCAGUCAACUUUUAACAAAUGCGGAGACGCUUUUAAACGGGGGCGGUGCAGUGAGGUUUUAAUACCUUGUAAUAGCAAGAUGUUAGCAGGAACCAAAAGGUAGAGAAAAGAGUUCUAGAGAUGAACAUUAAAAGAAAUGUAGUCCACAAUGGUAAUAACGAGCAGUCUGUACAAACAAACAAAGAGGAUUGGGCACUUUGCCAAGAAGAAAAUAUAUGUAAAUAAGAUAAGGGAAGGAGCUAAGCAAGCUAUUUUCCAUUCAGGUUUUAACAAUAAUGAACAUUUCAUAUAUUUGAAAAUGGCAACAUUUUUACGGGGGAGCAUGUCCUCAGACCCCCCUAUACGGCCUACACAGUAGUAUUUACACCCCUAGAAAAUGGGCUCGAAACAACGCUGCCCCUUCAUGGCCACGCCUAAGUCAUUGUCUCACACACACACACACACACACACACACACACACACACACACACACACACACACACACACACACACACACACACACACUUACACACACACACACACACACAUCAAGUUGACAUACGGGGGAGUGGGGCGAUGUCUCCCCAUAACUUGAAUUUGAAACAGCGAUAAAACCAGGCCAUAUUCCGAUUAACAAAAUGUAAUGCAUAUCUUUUCAUGCCACCAAUCGGAAAAGUUAGUAGGGGAGGGGGGACUUUGACAUGAAUUGAAAUUCGCAAAUUCAGUGAUGCCAGCGAAACGCAAGGUCAUUAAAGUGUAAGCAGGAGGCGCAUCACAUUCAUUCAAUUUUGUAGGGGGUCUGGUGUUGAAAUUCUAGAUUUCCAGAGGCCCGGAAAUUGUUCAGAAUACUUGUUCAAAAAAUAAAGCCCUCCCCUAAA